UUCCUCCACAGAGUGGACCAGGAGAGCUCAGAGGUUCCCAGUGGUCAUUCUGCCCAGCAGCAUCAACCACACCUGGACUCCAUAUUUAUGCUGCUGGAGGAGAACAUGGUCACUUUUGUGAAGAACGAGCUGAAGAAGAUCCAGAAGCUUCUGAUUCAAGAUUACCCAGAAUGCUUAGAGAGUCACAUGGAGGAUGAAGAGGUGUUGAACAGUGAGGAUGAGGAGCAGAGGAGGAGCAGCAGAGAGGCAUUUGUGCAGAUCACACUGGACUUCCUGAGGAGAAUGAAGCAGGAGGAGCUGGCUGACUGUCUGCAGAGCAGACAUAUUGCUGCAGAUUGUCAAAUUAAACUCAAAGCUAAGCUGAAGGAGAAGUUCCAGUGUGUGUUUGAGGGGAUUUCUAAAGCAGGAAACCCAACCCUUCUGAAUCAGAUCUACACAGAGCUCUACAUCACAGAGGGAGGGACUGGAGAGGUUAAUGAUGAACAUGAGGUCAGACAGAUUGAAACAGCAUCCAGGAAACCAGACAGACCAGAAACAACCAUCAGACAAGAAGACAUCUUUAAAUCCUCACCUGGAAGAGAUGAACCAAUCAGAACAGUGAUGACAAAGGGAGUGGCUGGCAUUGGGAAAACAGUCUUAACACAGAAGUUCACUCUGGACUGGGCUGAAGACAAAGCCAACCAGGACAUACAGUUCACAUUUCCAUUCACCUUCAGAGAGCUGAAUGUGCUGAAAGAGAAAAAGUUCAGCUUGGUGGAACUUGUUCAUCACUUCUUUACUGAAACCAAAGAAGCAGGAAUCUGCAGGUUUGAUCAGUUCCAGGUCGUGUUCAUCUUUGACGGUCUGGAUGAGUGUCGACUUCCUCUGGACUUCCACAACACUGAGAUCCUGACUGAUGUUACAGAGUCCACCUCAGUGGACGUGCUGCUGACAAACCUCAUCAGGGGGAAACUGCUUCCCUCUGCUCGCCUCUGGAUAACCACACAACCUGCAGCAGCCAAUCAGAUCCCUCCUGAGUGUGUUGACAUGGUGACAGAGGUCAGGGGGUUCAUUGACCCACAAAGGGAGGAGUACUUCAGGAAGAGGUUCAGAGAUGAGGAUCAGGCCAGCAGGAUCAUCUCCCACAUCAAGACAUCACGAAGCCUCCACAUCAUGUGCCACAUCCCAGUCUUCUGCUGGAUCACUGCUACAGUUCUGGAGGAGGUGUUGAAAACCAGAGAAGGAGGAGAGCUGCCCAAGACCCUGACUGAGCUGUACAUCCACUUCCUGGUGGUUCAGACUAAACUGAAGAAUGUCAAGUAUGACAGAAGAUCUGAGACAGAUCCACACUGGAAUCCAGAGACCAGGAAGAUGAUUGAGUCUAUGGGAAAACUGGCUUUUGAGCAGCUGCAGAAAGGAAACCUGAUCUUCUAUGAAUCAGACCUGACAGAGUGUGGCAUCGAUAUCAGAGCAGCCUCAGUGUACUCAGGAGUGUUCACACAGAUCUUUAAAGAGGAGAGAGGGCUGUAUCAGGACAAGGUGUUCUGCUUUGUCCACCUGAGUGUUCAGGAGUUUCUGGCUGCUCUUCAUGUCCAUCUGACCUUCUUCAACUCUGGAGUCAAUCUACUCUCAGAAGAACAGUCAAUGCGGACCUCCUGGUGGUCUAAACUAUUUAGAUACAAACCUGAAUUAACACAUUUCUACCAGAGUGCUGUGAACAAGGCCUUACAGAGUCCAAAUGGACACCUGGACUUGUUCCUCUGCUUCCUCCUGGGUCUUUCACUGCAGACCAAUCAGACUCUCCUACAAGGCCUAAUGACAAAGACAGGAAGUUGCUCACAGACCAAUCAGGAAACAGUACAGUACAUCAAGAGGAAGAUUGAAGACACUACCUCUGCAGAGAAAAGCAUCAACCUGUUCCACUGUCUGAAUGAACUGAAUGAUCAUUCUCUAGUGGAGGAGAUCCAACAGUCCCUGAGAUUAGGAAGUCUCUCCACAGAUAAACUAUCUCCUGCUCAAUGGUCAGCUCUGGUCUUCAUCUUACUGUCAUCAGAAAAAGAUCUGGACCUGAAGAAAUACUCUGGUUCAGAGGAGGCUCUUCUGAGGCUGCUGCCAGUGAUCAAAGCCUCUAACAAUGCUCUUCUGUCAGGUUGUCUGGUCACGGAGGAAGGCUGUACUUCUCUGGCUUCAGCUCUGAGCUCCAACCCCUCCCAUCUGAGAGAGCUGGACCUGAGCUACAAUCAUCCAGGAGACUCAGGGGUGAGGCUGCUGUCUGCUGGACUGGAGGAUCCAGAUGAGGGACUGGACACUCUCAGGGUGGAGCCUGGUGGAGUCCAAUGGUUGAGACCAGAUCUGAGGAAGUAUUCCUGUGAGCUCGCAAUCGACACAAACACAGUGAACACAAACCUGAAGCUGUCUGACAACAACAGGAAAGUGACACAUGUGGAGGAGGAACAGCUGUAUCCUGAUCAUCCAGAUAGAUUUGAAGAGUGUCCUCAGCUGCUGUGUGGAACUGGUCUGACUGGUCGCUGUUACUGGGAGGUCGAGUGGAGAGGGAAAGUUUAUAUAUCAGUGAGCUACAGAGGAAUCAGCAGGAACGGUGACAUAAAUAAGUGUGUGUUUGGACUGAACGAUCAGUCCUGGAGUCUGUUCUGCUCUGAUGGUCGUCAUUAUGUCUGUCACAAUAAGAAAGUGACAAAUUUACCCUCCUCCUCCUCCUCUGUCUCUGACAGAGUAGCAGUGUAUGUGGACUGUCCUGCUGGCACUCUGUCCUUCUACAGAGUCUCCUCUGACUCACUGAUCCACCUCCACACCUUCAACACCACAUUCACUGAACCUCUGUAUCCUGGGUUUGGGUUCUGGUCAAAGCCUGGUUCCUCAGUGUCUCUGUGUUCAGUGUAGCAGAGAGUCUCUGUGAAAACAGCUGCUUCGUUUCCCUCUUCACUAGGCCCUGAUCCCCCACAUUAUCACUGUUUAGUGACCAUCACUGUUAUAUCAUCAGUAUUUUAGUCAAAUGUUUCUAUUAAUUUUUCAGGUUUUGAUUAUUCAAUCCACUUUUAUUUUCAGUUGUCUGUCUAGGUUAGUGGUGUAGAUCAGCGCAAUCAUGUAGAGGGGAUGCAGGUGUGCAUCAUUAGGUCCUCUUAGUAGUGAGGGACUUGGCAUUUGUAGUAUGUGGAAAGACAGGUAAAACUGUUCAUUAGAUAGUAGAUAAUAGAUGACAGUGGGAUGAACCUUGUGCACAUUCAAAUCAUUUCUUUGUGCUUAUUGUAGAUUGAGGAUUGUUGGGAGUAACAUAAAUCCAGUGUGUAGCAGUUGUGUAGGGGUUGGUAUGGUUGGUAUGGUUGGGAAGACAAAUGUUUGUUUAGUUCACCCCCAUACUUACCUAAGCUGAUGGUAUGCUCCAGCUAGGUGCGAUGGAGAAGGUAAAAUGCCGUUCAUAGAGUAGAGAGAGAGUAGGUAGCAGCUCGCUUUGUGGCUGCACAUUUCCUGGGGGUUCAUUUUUCCUCUGUCUGGUCAUUUUUUUAUUAAUAAAUGUCACUUUUACAUUUUUGCUGACCUUAUGAUGAUGCUUAUAUGGGAUGGUGGCACUCUCCUGUUAGAGAAACUGUUCAUUCUGUACAUGUCUGUCUCUGUAUGUUUUAAAUCAGUUUGUUUUUAUAAACUCUUCUAAAUGACUCCUUGUAGAAGUUUUCCUCUUCCAGUCCUUUAAAGAUGGAAGGUUAAAAAUUUGAAAAGUUGAUUUAAAAUCAA